CCGUCUACGGGGGCGAGUCCGGGGCCCGACGCCCAGGGGAGGAAACGCGCAGGUCCUGGCGGCUGGGCGGAGUCCACUGCGAGGUCGCGGCUGGGGUCACGCUGCGGUACUGGCGGGGACGCGUGCGUGCCUGGGGGGCCCGGGGAGACGCAGGGCCUGGCGCCGGAUAUUUCGGAGCUGAGCAUUUGUGCACGGGAGUGUGUCGUCCUCUGGCUUGGGGCGCGAUGAAGCCUGCAGCCGCCCACAGCCUGCUCCUGCGCUCCCUCUGCCUGGCGCUGUGCUGCCUUGGCGGCGCGCGCGCGUCCUGGAGGAGCAGCGGCAAUCAUGAGUGGAAAAAACUGAUUAUGGUUCACCACUGGCCUGUAACAGUGUGCAAGGAGGUUGAACACGACUGCAGAGACCCCCCGGAUUACUGGACCAUCCACGGAUUAUGGCCCGAUAAAGCAGAAGAAUGUAAUGGAUCAUGGCCCUUUAAUUUAGAAGAGAUUAAGGACCUUCUGCCCAAAAUGAAGAUGUACUGGCCUGAUGUGAUCCAUCCACUAAAUCACAGCCAUUUCUGGAAGCACGAGUGGGAGAAGCAUGGCACCUGUGCUGCCCAGGUAGACACCCUCAACUCGGAGAAGAAAUACUUCGGUCGAAGCCUGGAUCUGUACCAGCAGCUGGAGCUUAACAGCAUGCUCCAAAAGUUGGGAAUAAAGCCAUCUAUCAAUUACUACCAGAUUUCAGAUAUUAAAGAUGCCCUUGCCAGCAUAUACGGAGUCAUACCUAAAGUCCAGUGUCUUCCACCAAAGCAGGGUGAGGAGGUGCAGACGAUCGGUCAGAUCGAGCUGUGCUUCACCAAGGAGCUGCAGCUACGGAACUGCACGGAGCCCGGGGAGCCCAGGGAGCCCAGGGGGGCCUGGGGCCCGGGGCUGGAGGUGUGCGAGGACGGCCCGGCCUUCUACCCCCCGCCACAGCGGACCGCUCACUGACGCCCACAGGCCACGGGAUGUUGUUUUGAAAAGCCAGAGAGAGUCCCAACCCGCUGCUUGUCGGAAAGCGGCUGCCAGGUGACACGUUCGUUUCCCAGUGUCUUUACUGGAAGGCUGCUGUGUUUAACGCUCCCCUUUGCGCCUGCGAGCUGACUCUGCGGUGCCUGUGACUCCGGGUUGGGUGUGGGUACACUGAGAAAAAGGUCUGCCGCGCCUCAGUAGAGGCUUUGUGGUUGCAAUAAAGGAAACAGAUUUUCUUCUUUCUCCUUAA